AGCCUCCCCAUGAGCGCCUCGGUGCCUCCCGGCAGCGCCGCGGGGGCGGUGCGGGCCGCGCCCGGCCGCGGCUCCCGCCAGUCGGGAGAAGGAGGAGAUGGUAGUGACGGUGGUGGCGGUAGCGGUGUCGCUGAUGCGCUGCGCCUUUUGUUUUCCCGUCAGGUGUUCUCCCCCUGGCUUCUCAUGCCCUAUUACCAGGAGGAUUUCUUCAGAGAGUACCUCAAGAUGAUGGCGAAUAUGGUCAUCCUGAACUUGCUCAUUUGUAUUUCGCUGGCUUUCUGGAUCGUGUCCAUGACUGCAAGUACGUACUACGGUACUUUACGACCCAUUUCUCCAUGGCGCUGGCUUUUUUCAGUCUUGGUUCCACUAAUUAUUGCUGCGCAGGGUUUUAAGAAGAAGAGUCUUGAUCACAGUGGUGCAUUGGGAGGAUUGGUGGUUGGAUUUAUCCUUACAGUCGCAAAUUACAGUUUCUUCUCUUCUUUGUUUGUAUUUUUUGUUACUUCUUCAAAACUUACUAAAUGGAAAAAAGAUAUAAAGAAGCAAAUAGAUUCAGAAUACAAAGAAGGUGGACAGAGGAAUUGGGUUCAAGUAUUCUGUAAUGGUGGUGUUCCUACUGAGCUGGCUCUCUUAUAUAUGAUAGAAAAUGGACCAGGUGAAAUUCCUAUUGACUUUUCAAAGGAAUACACAGCGUCAUGGAUGUGCUUAUCCCUUUUGGGAGCUUUGGCAUGCUCUGCUGGUGAUACAUGGGCUUCAGAGAUUGGUAGUGUUAUGAGUAAAAGUAAACCAAGAUUGAUAACAACCUGGGAACAGGUUCCAGUAGGUACUAACGGAGCAAUUACAUUAGUAGGCCUGCUCUCAAGUUUGCUUGGGGGCAUGUCAGUAGGUAUAGCCUACUUCAUAACACAACUCAUUUUUGUGACUGAUCUGGAAAUAUCUGCUCCACAAUGGCCCAUUAUUGUGUUUGGUGCAGCAGCUGGCCUACUGGGAUCAAUUGUUGAUUCAUAUUUGGGAGCUACAAUGCAAUACAGUGGUUUUGACCAGAACAUUGGAAUGGUUGUUAACCACCAAACAAAACACUCCAAGCACAUAUCUGGAAAACCUAUAUUAGACAACAACGCAGUAAAUCUUUUUUCUUCUGUAAUCAUUGCUUUGGUGCUUCCAGGCAUGGCAUGGUUUUUCUGGCCAAGGGGUUGAAAUGGUCUAAGGCUUUCUGCGUGUGAUUGAUACGUGUUCAGUCUUACUCAGAGACUCUAAGGGAUUCUACUUGAACUCUUUUGAAGAGAAGGAUCUGGAACUUUCAGAGAGCCAACUUACUCAUGUGGCAACCAGCAUCUCUCAGGACUUGGAAGGCACUUUGUCAGUAUGCUCUCGCUGCUCUUCAGACAGAUGUAGGUCAUUUCCAAGUGAGGUGAAGCAUUUGCUUCAUUUAUCCUCAUGGAGCUGAAGUUGGUGUCUGUGUUCUCCAGUCUUCAGCAUCUGGAAAGGCAAGAAGCUGGAAAUAGAAGGUGUGAUGGAGCAUUGUGGCUAUUUUCCAAACCAGACACAAAGUACACUGGAGCUUUAUUUAGGCAAUGGUAACAUGGUUGAAGUAGCUGAGUUCUGCUAUUUCCCAUAGUUUACAGUACUAAGAUCUUCUAGAAGUAUUUGGACAGGGAAGAGAGAAUUAAGCUUUGUUGUCUAUUCAGUAUCCUGAUAGUAUCUCCACUUCCCUGAGAAUAGAAUUCAUAAAAGUGAUGCUGUUCUGUAAUGUCAAGCAACAAUCUAAAUUUAAAAUAGAAACUGACUAGCUGUUCCAGUAAGAAUAAUAAAUCUUUCUGUGGUUUUUUGACAUCUUUAUUUCAAAACGAAUUAUAUUUAUGAAGAUAGUCGAUACUGUGGUAGUUAUUAAAUAAUUUAAAAUUAAAGAUAACAGUUGUGAAUUCACAUUCAUCUCUUUAGAAAUAGAACAUUUUUUCUAUAAGCAUAGAGUUGUUCCAUAAUGUUUAGCAUUCUGACCAAACUAUACUCCCUGGUUAUUUCUCGGUGAAAAUGUUUCCCAUUUUGUUUGGGGCUUCUAUCCAGAGAUGAUGGCGUCAGCCAAAGAAGCUGCAGAAGUUAUCCUUGUAGCAAAUGGUGGAAGUCACAUUUAUAAACUAUUUCAAAAUGGAAAUUUAAUUUUUGAUGCUCAGGCUCCUAUGUUAGGUGAUUGUGUCUUCCAUCAUUUAUCUAUAAAAGAGAUAGAAGUAAUUCAACCAGUAGAGAUUGUAUUUAAACUUUAGAGAUACCUUCAUAAUAACUUCUCACUGUCGACGUUCAGAAACUAGGGCCCAUACUGUUAACUUAUGAAAAGCUUUUUAUUUUUAGAGGUAGGUGAGUAUUUUGUAUUGAACAUCAGGGGUUUUUUACAAAUGUCUUGUGUAUAUUGCCUGUCUUAGUUCACUUGAAUUGUUUAUUAUGUCACCUUUUGUGGGAAUAUUAAAAAAAUUUUAACACCUUCCAUAUUGAGUUUUCUCUUCUGAAAUAUAAAUCUGGAAUUCAUCACUGGAAUUAGUUCACUAUAUUACCCAAUUAUAAAGAUCAAAGUAGUAAAGGCUUUCUGAAAAGAACAAAUUCUGUAGCUGCUCUAUGUCUGUCCUGUGAAAAGGCACAAAAUUGUAAAGGGAAUAUAUGCACUUAAACUGUAACAAUAAACCCUCGGGAAUUUUAUGCACUGUUUGGAUUUAUGCUGCUUCUAAAUAAAAGCUGUAUUAGUUGUCUUUUAAGAUUGUAUUAAUACUGUUGUGGUUUUUAGAAUUGAGAGAGAUACAAUUUUUGUUAAGUACUUUUUUUUCAAUUAAAUGCCUUAUUUUUAGA